AUAAAAAAUAAAAAAAAAAUCCUUGUACUUUCUUCAACAAAAUUGCCAAAAUUAACAAAAAUCCAUAAAUUAUAAAACGCUGGGUUUAAAAUCUCUCAUCAUCAGCCACCUCAAAAAAAUGAGCGGAGUAAGCGGAGGUUUACGUCAAUGGGGGAUGCGCCACCACUUUCAAUACUCUUCCACCACCGCUCAUCUCCGGCGCCACCUAUACUCCUCCUUCUGCUCCUCCUCCUCCUCCUCUUCUUCUUCUUCUUCUUCUUCAUUUCCGAGGAGAGAGAAAAAACAGAAGGUUAUUGUCAUCUCUGGCCCCACUGGCGCCGGUAAAUCUCGCCUUGCUUUCGAGCUUGCUAAGCGCAUUAAUGGUGAAAUUAUCACUGCUGACUCUGUUCAGGUCUAUCAAGGUCUUGAUGUUGGGUCUGCAAAACCUUCAUCUAGUGAGCGAAAGGAGGUACCUCAUCAUUUGUUGGACAUGUUGCACCCAGCUGAAGAAUAUUCUGUUGGUCGAUUUUAUGACGAUGCAAGGCAAGCAACAAGAGAUGUCCUUAACAAGGGCCAUGUUCCUAUAAUUACUGGAGGAACUGGUUUGUAUUUGCGUUGGUUCAUAUAUGGCAAGCCUGAUGUUCCAAUAGCAUCGCCCAAUAUUUCUUCCCAAGUGUGGGCAGAGCUUGAAAAUUAUAAAUAUAAUGGGGAUUGGGAUGCAGCUGUAAAGUUGGUGCUUGAAGCGGGAGAUCCGAACGCCCCGUCUUUACCAACAAACAAUUGGUAUCGCCUACAGCGUAGCCUUGAGAUUAUUAAGUCUUGUGGAUCGCCUCCAUCAGCCUUCCAAAUGCCAUAUGAUUCCUACAAAGAGAAACUCAAUUUAGCUGCAACGGAUGAUUGUCAAAACAUGGAUGGAAUGCAGGGGGGCCAAUUUAAAGAACUAGAAUACGAUUUCAUUUGCUUUUUCCUUUCAGGCCCCCGAUUAAACUUGUAUAGAUCAAUUGAUUUACGAUGUGAAGAAAUGCUUUCAGGUAGUGAUGGGAUUCUAGCGGAGGCUAAAUGGCUUCUAGACAUGGGUCUUCUUCCCAAUUCAAGUCCUGCUACCCGAUCGAUUGGUUAUCGACAGGGCAUGGAGUAUCUCUUGGAAUGCAGAAAACAAGAUGGUCAGAGCUCUGCAAAGGAAUUUUUUUCCUUUCUUUUUGAAUUUCAGAAGGUGUCCAGGAACAUCUCUGAAGUGCUUGAUGUGGAACUUUAUUUAGGUAUGGCUGGAGUAACUAGUUGUGGUUUAUAAAUGUUUUCUGAGCUCCACCAUGGCACCCUAGACUCUAAGUGGCCUCUGUCUUUUCCUCAACCAGCUAUGAAUAACUUAAAGUUUUAUUUCUUUCCUUCACAUUUUCUUACAUACUACCUAUUAAGGAUUUGCAUCUCUCCGUAUAAGCCAUUUUUUGCUGUCAUGGGAAAAGGUGGAGGUUCUUACAUAGUGCUUUUUAUGCCAAGUGCAUUGUAUGAUAUCUUCUACUCAAAUAAAUGAAAUAAGGAGUCUUCUUUGAAUGUGUUCCAUGCUCCAAGACCAAUGUGGAUAUGUGCUUGAUCACAAUCAUUGCAAAUAGGAUUGUGGCCGAGCUGAUUGAUGGCAAAACAGUCUAUCCUGUUCAAGCAUCAUAAGUCUUUGACCCUCUAUAUGUAUCUGUAAUAUAUUCAAACAUUGGAACAUUGCCUUGUUCUCUAGAUACUUGGCUUCUCUAGGCAAUCUGUCUAUGUAAUUCCGAGUUUAGUAAUUCAAUGUAUGACCACCUUUGUUUUGUUUUUAAAAAGUUGCAUCUCUAUCUAGUGGUCCAAUACCAUCUAAUAAAAUGAGCGAUAUUGAAUGGCUGAAUGAAAUAAGAUUUUGCUAGUUUGUCAUGUAUUGAAUGAUUUUAAUAUCCAUUCUGGCUCCAUAAAACCUCUUUAGACGACCUUUUAUUCCAAGUAAAAAUAUGGCGUUUGCAUUUUGACGUAGAUUUGAUAUGGGAAUGCUUUAUUGAUUCAUCUCAUCUACACAAACAUAUAAAUCUGUGGUUUGCUUUUCUAAUUUCUGUUUGACUUGCUUUGCUUCUUGUUGAACUAACUGACUUGAUGUCAGAACAUGACAUUUCAAAUUAUGAAUCGAAAAACUUUGUAUCAUGGUGUUUACACUGCAAUGCAUCCUUAUUUAUAUCUUAUUUCAAGUAUUAACGAGAGAACGCCACAAAAAU